AUGUACGCCGGAUACAGCGCGAGCCAGCCUUUGACUAACAACCCCUUUAUCGCUGAUGGCGGAUCCAAUCCCAGUGCGCGAUUCCCAGACCUCUCGAGCCCUCCUGUCACAAAUCAGCAGCAGCAGCAGCAGUACGGCGGCUGGGGCUCUGCAGCGAUGAGCCCCGUCAGCCCGCAGCAACAGCAACAGGGGAUGUACCAGCAGUACUCACAACAGCAGCAGCAGCCCCAAAUGACCAUGGGAUAUGCACCGCAGCAGCAGAUGGGCGGUGGCAUCUCGAUGGGAGGCGGCGGCGCCGGAUAUCUCUCUCCGGGUGUACAGCUCUACCCAUCACAUACAGGCAGUGGCGGCGGCGGCGCGCCCUUCCAGCCGUCAAGUAGCUUUGGCCAGCAGCUCGCGGCGCAUGUCAGCGGGAGCAGCUACAGCUAUCUCCAAGGCCAGCAGCAGCAGCAGCAGGGCAACCCGAACGCCUACAACCCCGCCCAGCAGCAGCUACAGAACAACCCGGGAUACGUGGCGCAGCUCGAUCCGUACUCAUCCAUCGGGCAGCUAUGGGGCGAUUCUAAUCAAUCGCAGCCGCAGCAACAGGGGCAAGCGCAAGCGCAGAUGGGCGGUGGGGUCGGGCUGGGUCAGAGCUACAGCAGUAGCGCCGGUGGUGUAGCGCCCCUUCCAACGGGCGGGUACGGCGUCUCUGCGUCCGGUGAGCCGCACCCGCGCGAUUAUAUCCGCGCGCACAAGGCGGAGAUCGAGGCCUGGGACAAUUUCGCGUGGAAGCAGCUCCUCGGCGCGUUCGAGACGCUCAUGAAGGCUUGGGAGACGCGCAAGGGCGAGCUGGCCGCGCGCGUCGGCGAGAUGAGCGCGCAGAUGAAUGUUGGGAUGGCGUAUGGCCCGUAUUAUGUCGCGCAGAUUCAGCAGGAGGGCGCGAGGCUGCAAGGGCUUCAAAAGGAAGCAGAAAACAACUUUGAUUCUGUAGCCGCGUCCUUAUUCCAGCUCCGAGAAGUCUUCGCUGGAUAUCGACAGUCAGGCGAUCUGGCGAGUAAGCGCCGGGUCAGAGAGGCCAUGAACGCUGCCCUGCAGGGUCUGCCUACUUUCCCUCAACCAUAUUGA